CGCCCACUGCGUGUGGCAGGGGCGCGUGGCCUGUUAUGCAAUUCCAAAGCAGAGCAGAGCAGAGCAUCUGUGGCCGGCCGCAGAGAAUGCAAAUAAAUGCAAGAGCAUACGGAGCAGCUCAUAUAAAUUAGGAAAAUCAACAAUAAUAACAGACACACACGCACACUUACACACACACACACACACAUACACAACACACACGCAAGCACAAAAACACAAGAAAACACGCACAUGCACAAGACCGAAGUAAAAUCACAUAAAAUGCAACGAAAUCUGCUGCAUGAAUUAAACAACAAUAACAACAACAACAACAACAAUAGCAGCAACAACAACAAGAAGAACAACAAUCGCCAGCAGAGAUACAUGAAAUAUUCAAACUAACUAAAAGCAAGGCAAUUCAUAAGAAAAUUCCUGAAAAUCCAAAGCACAACUCAACAGUUGUUGCUGCUAGGCACAUGACGCUAAUGGAGCAUCGCCUGGCCCAACCAUCGGCUGCUGCACCACAUGCAACACUGCUGCACGGCACAAUGCUUGCCAAACUGUGGCCUUGGCUGCGGCAGGAGGCGUGGCCGUGGCUGCAUAAAUCAAACAUGGACUACACCACGCUGCUGUGCUGCGGUCUGGCUUUCGUAUUAUAUUUGAACACACUUAAUGCGGGCUUUGUCUAUGACGACAGACGCGCCAUUUUAGCCAAUGCGGACGUCUCUGGUGGAUCGAGCUGGCAGCGCAGCUUUGGCAAUGACUUUUGGGGCACGCCGUUGACGGACAGCGGUUCGCACGGCUCCUGGCGACCGCUGUGCGUGCUUAGCUUCCGCCUGAACUAUCUGUUGGCCGGUGGCUUUGCGCCGUGGGGCUUUCAUCUGGGCAACAAUUUGUUGCACUGCGUGGCGACGGCGCUGGUGGUGCGUGUGGCACGCACCCUGCUUGCCUCAUUCUGGGCGGUGCUGGCCGCGGGCGCCCUCUUUGCCGCCCAUCCCAUACACACGGAGGCGGUGGCGGGCGUCGUGGGACGCGCAGAUGUGGCCGCCUGCGUUUGCUAUCUGCUCACGUACCUCAGCUAUUUGCGGCACAUGCGCUGGCGCGAAUCAGCCGAUCCGCGACAAUGGCUCGCACUGGCCACCACGCUCCUCUUCGCGCUGGCGGCGCUUCUCUGCAAAGAAACAGCGAUAACCGCGCUGCUCGUGUGCGCGGCUUUCGAUGUGAUGCGCGGCCUUAGCGGACAGGUGGAUAAGCAACGCCUGCGCUCGCUGUGCUUUGUGCUUGGCGCGCUCGGCUGCAGUGUGUACUAUCGCCUGGUCGUGGUCCCUGGACCACAGAGCGCCUUCUCCAGCGCGGAUAAUCCCAUUGCACGGACUGCCUCGACCUGGACACGACUGCUGACUUUUCUGCACCUGCCCGUUGUCAAUCUGAAGCUGUUGCUGCAGCCGCAGGUGCUCAGCUUCGAUUGGGGCAUGGAUGCGCUGCCGCGCGUAACAACGAUCUGGGAUCGACGCAACGCGCAGUCCGCCUGCUUUUACACUGUGCUGCUGGGCGUAGCCUGGCGGGGCUGCAAGGUGCUUUUGCACAGCAGCGACUAUUCGGAUGUGGCAGGUGUUAAUGGCGUCGGCUAUCCGCAGUAUCAUAUACAAAAGGUGGGACGCAAGUCACGCGCCAAGCGCAAGCGACUCGCCAACAACAACAACAACAAUAACAACAGCAACAAGUACCAAGCCUUUGAGGCAGCCUAUCAGCAGACGGCGCUGCCUUAUGCCAAGCAGCCUUGCAGCGACUGCAACAACAACAACAGCAAUGGCGCCUAUGUUUAUGGCGAUCAGCAUCCGCAUCCGCACACGCACGCACACACACAUUCGCAGUCACAUGCAACGCAUGCAACACAUACGCCGCAUCAACUCGUGUCUUCCGCCGUCAGCCUGGCGCUGCACAAGGCUUUCCGCGGCUCGCGCAGCAGCAGCAGCUGCAGCAACAGCACAACGGCCAGCAACAAGAGCAGCGGCAGCAACAGCAGCAGCACCAGCACCAGCUCCAAUUGCAGCACCAGCAGCUGCUCCAGCUCCAGUUCCAGCUCCGGUUGCAGCUCCGGUUCCAGCUCCUCCACGGACUAUAUGCUGGGCGGCAUGUCUGUCGCCGCGCGCAACGCUUGCAUUCUGCUCAUGUCCUGCGCAUUUCUCACGCUGCCCUUUCUGCCCGCCAGCAAUCUCUUCUUCUAUGUGGGCUUUGUGGUGGCCGAGCGUCUGCUGUACCUGCCCAGCGUCGGCUUCUGCCUGCUCGUUGGCUAUGGCGUCUCCAAGCUGUUGGCUUGUGGUGCUGUUGGCGUCCGCGCAUCCAGGACACGCCGUCUCCUGCUCCUGAUCGGCUUCAGCGUGCUGCUCGUCGCCUUGUGUGUGCGAACUGUGCGUCGCAAUGCGGACUGGCGGGACGAGGAGAGUCUCUUUCGCAGCGCCAUUAACGUCAAUCCGCCAAAAGCGCUGGGCAAUUUGGGCAGCGUGCUGAGCUCUCAGGCCCGCUACGAGGAGGCCAAACAGGUGCUGCAGGAGGCCAUCCGGUACAGGCCCAACAUGGCGGACGUACACUUUAAUUUGGGCAUACUGCAUCAGAAUCAACAGGACUACAAGUCUGCCGUUGAGUGCUUUCAGCGCGCCAUCAAAUUUCGGCCAAGCCUGGCAGUGGCCUACCUCAAUCUGGGCAUAUCAUUCAUUGCGCUGGGCAAGCGUCAGCAAGCCAUCGAGAUACUGCAAGUGGGCGCCACGCUGGAGGGUGCAACGGUGCGCGAUCGUAGCGCACACGAUCAGGCCAGAAGCUCAGCGUAUCUGCAGUUGGGCGCACUUUACGUGGAGCAGGGCAAGCUACAGCGCGCGCUGGCCGUCUACCGAGAGGCACUGUCCUCGCUGCCAACGCUGCUGCAACAACGCGAGGUGCUGUAUCAGCGCAUCGGCGAUGUCUUUGGCCGACUACAGCAAUGGGACGAGGCGGAACGGCAUCAUCGCGCCGCGCUGGAGCUGCAGCCCAAUCAGGUGGCGGCUCAUAUCAGCUACGGCAUAACGCUGGCCAGAAAUAGCAGUCGGGCCUCGGAGGCGGAGAUGUGGUUCAAGCGCGCGCUGAAACUGGCACCGGAACAGGCCAGCGUGUAUCACCAUUAUGCUGAAUUUCUGGCGCUGCAGUCACGACAUCACGAGUCCGCCGUCUAUCAUCGACGCGCCGCAGAGCUGGCGCCCGCGGACUAUGCUCUGGUGGUGGCAGCGGCCACCUCACUCCGCCUGCUCGAUCGCAAAGUCGAGGCGGAGCUGUGGUAUCGCAAGGCUGUCGCCCUGCGUCCGGAUGAUGCACACGCUCACACGAAUCUGGGUGCGAUAUUACAUCUGCUGGGACGGACAAAUCAUGCGGCGGCUAGUUAUAAGGCGGCGUUGCGAUUGCAGCCGGGAGAUGCCAUAACGCUCGGGAAUCUGGCCAAGUUGGGCGUAACGAAUGUUUAGUGGUUGCCAGACAGAGAUAGCGACAGAUGAUAGAUGAUAAACAGUUAUUUUUAUAUAUGCGCAGCAGGCCGGCUACAGCCGUUAGAUAACUCUACAGAAUUUAUACGAAGGACUUGGAUACAUAUAUAUUAUAAAUUAUGUAUAUCAUUUAGCAGCAGCAGAAGGAUCAGCAUGUAAAUAACCCAAGAGAGGCGACCAAAGAAAGUCAAAAACAAAAAAUUGCAAAAGAGAAUUUAAGUCGUUCGAUGAACUAGAGCAGCAAAAAAAUAAUGAGGGUAUGCAGCAGUCGAUACAGAGAGAACAAUAAUUAAACUACCUAAAUGUUAAGUAAAAUUCGAAAAUUCGUAUAUCGAAAGCCGGUAACCGGAAAGCAGGUGCUGUACAGUGAAUAUAACCGUAGCAAACUAUCAAAGCAAGUCUAUCGAAAUAUCGAUAGGCCGAUAAAAAGCGUAUCGAAAAAAAAACAAAAAACAAAUACAUUGAUCGUUUAAUGUCGAUAUAUCGAUAUAUCAAAAUAGUAUCGAUUACAAAAUAUAGUUAGAUCGAUAACAGCAUGAUAUCGAUAACAAGAGAUAUCGACCUUUUGUCAAAUGUAUGUGCUUAAUAUGAAUGUAAAUUAUUGUAAAUACGCAAAACAAAAUAUGAAAACAAACUCAAAAUCAUAUAUAUU